UGGCAUUCAUUUGGAAUGAGAUAGAUGAUAUUUAUGAUAAAAUUUGUGGACUUAAGAGUUAGAUACAAUUCAAUACAAUACUGUCAAAACUGGAUCAAUAUGUUUCUGUGAAAGCAAAUUCCUCACAGACAAGACAUCAAGGUUUUCUAGUGACCCACACUUGUCACAAUCACUUUCCUUUUUUUCACAAGGUUCCUGCUGCUGACAGUUUUUCUCCUGAAAUUGAAGAUUCCAGUUUAAGACAAGCCAUCAGAACAAAGAGUAUUCAGGGGAUGGAUUCUUAUCAGUCAGACUGUCUGCGACCUCUGAAGCGAACAAAAAGGACCUGGAUUAUCACUACCAUUGCUAUUCAAGAGGAGGACAAAGGACCAUUCCCCAAAUAUGCUGGACAGCUGUUCAAUAACAGAUCAUAUAAUACAUCACUGAAGUAUUUAAUCAGUGGACCUGGGGUAGAUGAGCCUCCAGAGGUCGGAUUGUUUUCCAUAGAAGAUGAUGCCAAUGGACACGUGUACGUCCAUCGCACCAUCGACAGGGAGAGGACCCCAGCUUUUCAGAUUCGUUUUGAUAUUGAGAGCAGAAAAUCUGGUGAGUUGUUGGACCGCCCUAUAUUUUUCAAGAUAAAGGUCAAAGAUGUUAAUGACAAUGCACCAGAGUUUUCCAAGGAAGAAUACGGCACUACAAUAAGAGAGAACCACAGUGAAGAUGAGCCAGUUAUCCAAGUCACAGCCUUGGACAAAGACGAAGCCGGCACUGCGAACUCACAGGUGUCCUAUUCUAUAGGAAUGCAAAUGCCCUCUCCAGAUGGGCUCACAUUUAACAUUGAUCCUACCACAGGAUCAAUAUUUCUGUCAGGCUGCCUGGAUUAUAAGACUGCCAACUCUUUCAAGCUUCUGAUUAAAGCCAGUGACCAUGGAAGUCCCCAGCUGUCAUCUACUGCAACAGUGACUAUUGCUGUUGAAGAUGCAAACAACCACCUCCCUGUAUUUACUAGUGAUAAUUACCAGUUGCAGAUUUCAGCAGGAGAAGAACAUCUGGCUGUGUUACGGCUCCAAGUGGAAGAUAAAGAUUCUCCCAACACUCCAGCGUGGAGAGCAAAAUACAGAAUAGUAAAGGGCAAUGAAAAGGAGCAGUUCACCAUUAAGACAGAUCCAGCCACAAAUGAAGGCAUUCUGAGUGUUAUCAAGCCUCUCAGCUAUGAAGGUGACUCUGAGAUGAGACUUGUCAUUUCUGUAGCAAAUGAAGAACCUUUCUUCUGGUGUAAAAAUGGCAUUGUGAUGAUCUCUAAUCUGGAAACCACAAACACAGCUGUGAACAUCAAGGUCUUACAGUCACAACGUGCCCCAAGGUUUCAUCCUCCUAUCCUUAUUGUCCAAAAGGAAGAUCCAAUGAAGCCUGGGAGGGUAUUUAGAAAGUACCCUGCCACAUAUCCAGAUGAUGUGCCAAAUAAGAUAAAAUAUGAACUAGCCCAUGACCCAGAUGGUUGGCUGAGUGUGGAUGAGAACUCUGGUGUUCUUACUGUGGCAAAAGAAUUUGAUCAAGAAUCCCCUUUUUUGAACAACAGCCUGUACACCAUUAUUGUUCAUGCUACUGAUCGUGGCGUUCCACCACAGACUGGCACUGGAACCAUCCUGCUUUACUUGUCUGACAUUAAUGAUCAUAUGCCAUCAUUGGUGGCUGCUUCUUUAGACAUGUGUGACAAACAAGAAGGGACACCUCUUGUUAUAGAAGCCAAGCCUGCUCUGGCCCAUUCACGUUCGGGGCCAUUUACAUUUGAGCUGGCUGAGGACUCUGAAGAUGUGAAGCGUAACUGGACAUUAGGAAGGAACUUUGGGCAGUCAGUUGAACUUCUGAUGUUAAGAAGCCUCCCACAAGGCAGCUACUUGGUGCCCAUCAUUAUUCAGGACAGGCAAGGAUUUUCGACAAGGCAGAACCAAAACAUCAAGCUCUGCUUUUGCCCAGAUGGACACACAUGUAAAUAUUCACCAGUUCUACAAGCAGCAGUGGGACUUGGAAGCGGUGCCAUUGCGAUAAUACUGAUGGCUUUGUUAUUACUACUGGUCUCCAGCAUUGUGCUUUGCCAGUGUUACAGGUCAGGGACUAAAAGCAAAGCCAUUGCUCCACCCCAGGAAGGUGAACAGACUUUAAUCAACUACAAUGAAGAGAGCAGAAGCUCUUUUUCUGAGGCUGGGCUGGGUAUUACACAUGGUGCUACUCUACCACCUGUGUCUGUGGAAGCUGGAAAAGAAGUGAUUGCUGAGAAUGGCCAUUUCACUGGUUAUGGGUCAUCCCAAGCAAGACACCUGGAUUGCUUCAUGGAGGUAGUGGACAAAACACUGGCUCAGAAAGUGUAUUACCAAAGCACGCUGGAAGAUUAUGGGGACCUCUGUGAACCUUGCAGAUUCACUGAGGAAGGGGAACUAGAACCCAAUAACUCCCCCUGCUCCAUCUCCAUUGGCAGUGAGGACUUGCCUGCUGAUUUUUUGAACACUCUGGGACCAAUGUUUUCUGCUCUGGAAGAAAUCUGUCAGAAGUGAUCUCCAUCAUUCAAUAAUGCCAGAAAGCUGUGACUGUGGUGUUGCAAAGGCUUCUGGCAGGAGCACUGACAGUUUCAGAGAAAAAGGACUAUCUGUACUUGGAAGCAUUGCAGUGUUUGCACCAUGAGUACCUGGCCUUUCAUUCUUCCUGCCUGACCUGUUUGCAUGUGGGCAGCCAAGGACCUGGCAUGUCUGGAAGGUCCACUCUACUGUGCAGAGGUGAUGGAGGGAUUGUGGCAUAUUUGUGCACACUGACACAAAUAAAAGAUCUGAUAUUAAGAAUCCUCAAUUCAUUAUGCAAAGGAAAAAAAAACCCAGAUCUACUAGGCCUGAAAUUCCAGGCAGAGUUCCAUAGGGAAGUAAGUCAGCUUUGAAGAGACAAUUCAGUUACCUGCUAGACCAGUGUUAUGGUCCUUUCUCCAGUAAGUGGUCUCUUUAAAUCCAACAUUAACUUUAUAUCCUUUAUAUAUGACACUGAAACAUCGAAGAGAAAGUUCACUUCUCCUCUGGGUCCACACACUUGGGACAGGCAUGCACCAUCCUUCCUUUAAGCAUGAAAGAGACACUUUUGGUGCUUGUGUGCUGUGCUGGCAUCUGCUGGCUGUUGGUAUCACAGCACUGCUGUAAAUACCCUAAAUGCUGAGAAAUUGUUGUCAGACAAGGUUAUUCCUUUCAGUGAAGUAACUACCUGCUCUAAAUUAGCCACAAGUGCCUCUGAGGGGGAAAUUUGUGGGUUCCCUCAAGCA